CUUCGUCUAUGAAAUCUGGGCCGGGUUAUUCCAGUACUUAUCAUAAAGAAUACAUGUUGAUCGGAGCAAGAGAAGGAAACUUCAAGUAUUGAUUGAAAUACAAAGAAGGAAAAAAUGGAUUUCCACAUAGAGCAUUUGAAUAAUAUCAGCGGAACAAAUUCAUCUGAUCGGAUCUAUCACUUGACAUACCCUCCUUAUGCUGAAGAUUCCCCCGGAAAAUUUGCAGUUUACAUAAUACUUGCCGCAACAUGUUUGACAUUAGGGUUGUUUGGCAACCUUCUUGCACUUAUGUCUAUUUUCAGAGAAAAGAUCCUGCAAGUACCUGAAAAUAUGUUUAUUGUAUCAUUGAUUGCUUCCGAUAUAUUGGUUGCGACGUGUGUAUUGCCAUUCAGCAUAGCAGGUGUGGUACAGGGGGAGCUGUAUUUCUAUCCCAAGGUCACAUUGUGUGAGUUUCUUGGAGCAGUUUGCUGGAUAGCAUGUAACGCUGCCUUUUGGAGUGUAACUGGUUUGGCAAUUAACAGGAUGAUUUUAUGUUAUUUUCCCAAAAUGUAUGUCCGUAUUUUCACGUGGAAGACUACACCAGCGAUUGCAUUCCUUCCAUGGCUUCUCUCCUUUCUGACGUAUGCGCCUACCCUUUCGACUUGGGUCGCUUAUGAAUAUGACCCGGAAAGCAUGUUUUGCCUAUAUGACUUGGAUUUCUGGCCGACUAAUUUCUACCAGUUUGCAAUUUUGAUCGUGUCGAUAACGUCAACUUUCGUCUCCAUCGUUAUGACGGUCUUCAAGAUAAAACAGAAAAGGAGGAGUCUUUCACUGGUAGCCCCAGCUCUACAUUUGAUGGGUGGUUUCAUGACAGUACCCAAGGAUGAUUUCGUGAAGAACGACAAGGCCCAGGAACUUAGGAAAGAACUGAACGAUUUGGUAAUGAACUUCAAGAUGUUGUCCUGUAUCUUCAUCGCCUCUCUGAUUCACUGGGUACCUUUUGUUGUCGGUAUUCUCUCGCGUCAUAUUGUCGAUUAUGGAAGAGAUUUUUGGACAUUUGCAACUCUUCUCGGUCACAUGCAGCCGGGGUCUGACUGCCUCUGUUAUAUCAUUGCUAACAAGUUUUUUAGAAUGGGGUACAGAAAUGUGCUCCGAGGUAUAUUCUGUUGCAAGAAAUCUGACAUGUCUGAUAAGGUGGUCUACUCGGAGGUUGCAAACGGUGACGGUGGAUCUGAAACUGCCCUGAAUACGAAAUCUUAGAAAUUAACAGUUUGAAGUUUUUGACUCACCAUGUAGGCAUGUAUAUUACAAGAAUAUUCCAGUUUAGUAUAAAAUGCCUACGCUGUAUGGACAUCGUUUACUAACCAUCAACUCUUGAAGGUUUUUAACAUAAAAUCAACAAUGAAUUUUUAGAUUUUAAUACAUAUUUUUCAAAAGGUUCAGUUUGUUUUUAUGGGUGCCUAUAGACAUCAUCC